AUGUCAGACACCCACCAGCAGUUGCUCCAGACCUCCCCCGUGGGGCCGGGGCAGGACCCGCAGCCCCAGGCUCAGGGGGCCACAGCCGGGCUGCUCAGGCUUCUGUCCGGCCUCCCCCAGGCGGAGCAGGGGGCUCUCAGGAGCGGAGAUGGUGUCCUUCCUGGCCAGGAGCGGAGGGCCCAGAGCGCAGGGCGCACAGCCAAGGGCCAGAAGCCUGCGGGCCAGAGCAAGAAAGGCGGCGAAGCGGCAGAGGCUGAUGAUCUCUUCUCCCCUCCUCGGAAACCCUCCUUCCCCUUCCAGUGGGCCUGGGAGAGCUUCACAGCAGAAAGCCGGUCUCUGCCUCAGGGCCCCUUGGCCUCCCACCACCCAGGCCUGCCCUUGCCCCCAGCGGUUCCCCAGCACAAGCCCAGGGCCAAGUCCACUGCCCACCUCCCAGAGACCAGCGGGUUCUGCGGGAACAAAGACUUGCUGAGCCAGGAGAGGAGGCAGCCGCUCAGGGCCUGGGGCCGUGACUCUGGGCAGGCCGGCAGAGCAGAGGGCCGCGGGCCGGAGUGCCCCCGGGAGGGCGCCCUGCGGGUGCCCAGGGAGAGACCAGGCUCAGGGCCGGGGUCCAGGCAGGCCCCUGAGCUGGAGGCCGAGAGGGGCCUGAGCCCCAGAGACCAGCACCAGCUGCCCAGGCAGGGGUCUGCCUUGGAAGGGGGGCGGUUUGCAGAGGUGACAGAGGAGGCUGAGGAUGGGGAGCACAGGGACCCCCACAGGAGGAGGGCUCGUUCUCAGAUAAAGGGGUGGCAUUCCGGUGAGGAGGCCUGGGCUGAGGGUGGACCCCAGUGUCCAGGGAGCGACUCCAGCUCCAACAGCCCCCAAGGGCAGCAGUGGAGAAAGGCCAGGGCCAAGGAGCUGGAGGGGCCGCGGGGCCUGGAGCAGCUGCAGCGGCAGUUCCAGAAGCACCUGAGCUGUGGCCACGAAAAGCCGCCCUGGAAGGCUCUGUGGACGCCCGUCCAGGCCUCCGACCCGAGCGGGAAGGCCCCUGCCUCGGCUGACGCCGAGACGAGCCGGUGUGCCGACUUGCCUAACCGAACCUUCUGCAAGCGGCGGGAGGCCACCAGAUGCCUGCUGCAGGCGUGGGAGCGGCAGGAGCAGGAGCAGCAGCUGCAGGCCGAGCUGCGGAGGGCCCGGGUGCAGCGGGUGCAGAAGCAGGUGGCCCGCUGCCUGGCGGCCUAUGAGCCCAGAGGAGGCCACGGGCCCAGGGCCACUCAGCGCAAGGUGGAGGAGCUGAGGCGCCAGGAGAGGCAGCGCGCCGCAGAGUACCAGGAGGAGCUGCGAGGCAUCCAGCACAGGGUGCAGGCCCGGCCCUACCUGUUCCAGCAGGCUAUGCAGACCAAUGCCCGGCUCACGGUCACGAGGCACUUCUCCCAGGUGCUGUCCGCACUGGGGCUGAACGAGGAGCAGCUGCUGGCUGGGACUGGGAAAGGGACUACGGAGGGCACCUCCAGGAAGCCCAGAACCGCCUGGUGCAGAGACGAGAUUACAAAGUCCGACUCACAAUAAGGAAACUGAGGCUGAAGG